AUGACUUCUUUAAAAUUGAUAUUGUUUAUUCUUGCAUAUAUUGUAAUAAAUGUCAAAGGAAUAUGUGACCGUCAAAGUGGUCCAGUUGGAAGUAUCGAAUGUUCUUUCAAUCCAGAUUUCGAUAAAAAACAAUGGAAUACUUGCCUUACAAACAAUUAUAUCCAACGGCAAUCACAAGGACGAGAAAAGUGUGCUGAUCAAACAGAUAUUUAUUGUACGUAUGCAUGUAUGCCUGAAGUAUAUUACGUAAGAGAUGGCAACGUAGUUGACACAUGUGCUUGUAACGAUUCAUUAGUACCACCGACUUCUUCAUUACCUACUGAAUGUUUGAGUCCUGAUGGAUCGAAUUGUGAUUGGUACAAAAAUUGUCUCGAACGUAAAUAUUCAUGUCAAGGUAGUUCAACUGAACAUCUUUUCAUGUAUACCACAAUCUUCUGUAAUCUAUACAUAAAACAUAAAAAUGUAUUUACUGAUCGGGCACUACGUUGGAUCAAUGAUGGACGUAAAUGCUUACAAGUAGCUCUUGUUCCGUUUAUUCGACCAUUUGUUAAUGGAACUUGUCAAGAAAUUCAUGAUGCAGCAUUUGAUGCAUUCAAAUCUUGCAAUAUUAAACCUUAUCCAGAAGAAGGAUCAAUUUCAGCUUAUGCUUGGUUACAAAAUGCACUCGAUACUUUCUAUGAAUGUCAAAAUGAUCCGCAAGCAAAUGAUUUUGGACAUGUCUAUCAAGAAUUUAAACUUACAAUUGAUCUUAUUCAAACAUCAUGGAAUAAUCAAAUCAAUUUAAAUAAAAAUCAAUUUGAUCAAAUUGCAGUCGAUAUUGCCCAUAGAAUUGCUAAAUUUCUCAUGGCACCAUCAGAACGAUGGGGAUGGUAUGCAUAUGGAAUACCUUUAUCAAUACAACGUAGUAUUAGUACAUAUAAACAAAUGACUAUUGCACUACUUGUUGCUGACUUGCCUGGAAUCAUCAAUGAUACAUUGAUACCACCCGUUAACAUAACUAAUAUCGAGUUUAAAGAGCUCAUCCAGAAGCUUAAAAAUGCACUAGUCAAAGGUGAUUUGCAAAUACAGAAUGAUAAUGGAAUAUUUUACGUAUCACAGAUGGGUCAUUGCAUUGAUAUGAAAUGUCACGCAACAAUAGAUGAUAUUAUGGCUCCUCCAUAUGGUUCCAAGAAUUAUACUCUUAUAUUUUCAUAUGUUACACCAUUUUCACAAUCAUCAACAAUUCAUUCAAUAUGA